AUGGAAUACAAACUUUCAUCUUGUGCAACUUUAGAAGGUCACCAAGAAAGAGUGUGGUCAGUUUUGAAUCCAUCAGGAACACUUUUAGCAAGUACAGCAGCUGAUAAAACAAUUAGAUUAUGGGGUACUGAGGGUGACAAGUGGGUUUGUAAAACUAUAUUGACAGAUGGACAUGAUAGAACCAUACGAUCAGUGGGAUGGUCUCCAUGUGGUAAUAUGAUGGCAGCUGCAAGUUUCGAUGCUACAGUGACAAUAUGGGAUAAACGUCAAGGAGAAUUUCAAUGUAGUAGUGUGUUAGAGGGACAUGAGAAUGAGGUUAAAUCAGUUGCCUGGUCUCAUUCUGGAUCCUUCAUAGCUACCUGCAGUCGAGAUAAAAGUGUCUGGGUAUGGGAAGUUCUCAGUGAUGCUCAGGAGUACGAGUGUGUUGGAGUACUUACUAAUCACACACAAGAUGUCAAGUGUGUACGUUGGAAUCCACAAGAAGAGGUUCUAGCUUCAGCCAGUUAUGAUGACACUAUUAGAAUGUAUAAGGAAGAUGAUGAUGAUUGGUCUUGUUGUUGUAGUUUAGAAGGUCACACAUCUACAGUCUGGAGUAUAGCAUUUGAACACACGGGAACAAGACUAGCAUCUUCUAGUGCUGAUCAAACAGUUAAAAUAUGGAGAGCUUAUAAACCUGGUAAUAUUGAUGGUAUUCCUACUCCUGACAAUGAGACAGUAUGGAAGUGUGUGUGUACAUUGUCUGGACAUCAUGACAGGUCUAUUUAUAGUAUUGAUUGGUCAUCAUGUACUGGUUUGAUAGCUACAGGAUGUGGUGAUGAUGCUAUCAGAAUAUAUAGAGAAGAUAUAACUCAGGACCCUAAUCAACCUAACUUUAGUUUAGUGUGGCAAGAGAACCAGGCUCAUUCUAAUGAUGUCAAUUGUGUUUCAUGGCAUCCUACCAAUCCAACAUUAUUAGCAUCAUGUUCAGAUGAUAGAACUAUUAAAAUAUGGAAAAUUGAUCAAAUAUAA